AUGUAUUAUGAGGAGAUCACGGAUAUAGAAAAUGUGUAUUACCCGAUUCUGGCAGUAAUCGGUAUACCUGUGAAUCUGAUGGCGAUUGUGAUCCUGUCCCGUGGCAAGUGCGGCCUCUCCAAGUGCAUCACUCGUUACAUGGUAGCCAUGGCGACCGCGGACCUCUCUGUGCUUCUCAUUGACGUGGUAUUUCGUCGGAUUGCUGAUAUGUAUUGGUGGCCUACUUCAUUGACCUACACUCCUGUGUGUAAAAUAAUACUCUACCUGGCUCCCGUGUCGGUGGACUGUUCUGUAUGGUUCACAGUCGCUUUCACAUUUGAUCGCUUUAUUGCGAUUUCUACUAAGAAUAUGAAGGCCAAAUAUUGCACCGAGAGAACCGCGUCGAUUGUUAUUCUGACAGUGACCCCGUUCGUCUGCCUUCUGAAUACACCUUUGCCCUUCGCAUACGUUUCUUAUUCCCCAACUGAACUGAAUCUGGGCUGCGUCAAAGAUGUAUAUUUUUACAUGCGUCACGAAUGGAUGGUGUUCUCUUGGAUCGAACAGUUGUUCACCCCGGUGAUUCCAUUCUGCCUGAUUUUGUUGUUUAACGCGCUCACCGUCAGACGUAUUUCCGUGGCCAGUCGGGUCCGCAGGAGCCUCCGAGCUCUCAGCGGUGGGGAGAAAAAGAAAGACCAGGAGAUGGUGAACCGCAGACGCUCGGUCGUUUUACUUCUGGCAAUCUCGAGCUCCUUCAUCCUGCUCUGGGCCACAAGUGUCGCACAUUUUAUUGCGCUUCGAUGGUUUAAUUUCUCCUUACGCAGGUCCUCGCCAAACCCCCUGUUCGAAUUUGAAAAGGUUGGAUUUAUGCUUCAGCUCCUGAGCUCCUGCACCAACACGGCCAUUUACACCGUGACACAGCGCAAGUUCAGAGAUGAGUUGGUCCGUGUGCUAACAUAUCCAUUCCGUUGA